UCACGAAGCUCUGAAACUAAUAUUUGAAAUUUGGCUCUUCAUUUCUAUCGAAUCGAACCAUGGGAGGAUCCCACAGUCGCGAAGGUCUCGACCUUUCUGAUUCAUCAGAUGACGAAGUAGAAGAAGAAGAGGAGGAGCAAUACGACGACGUUUCCGACCACCCUACUUCUUCUUCAGGUACUGACCGCAAAACCCUAACCCCGACCUCUAUCUCAGCUUCUCUUGAUGAGGUUGAUGCGAAGCUCAAGGCUCUCAAGCUCAAGUACCCUUCUCAGAGCCCUGAUUUGCCCAAUGCUGUCAAGCUCUACCUUCACAUCGGUGGCAACACCCCCAAAGCGAAAUGGAUUGUUUCCGAGAAAAUUGCCUUCUAUUCCCUCGUGAAGACGUGUAAAAUGGACGGUGGUGAUGAGGAUGAGGAUGACGGUGAGGUUGGUGGUGGCAGUGGGAGUGAGUUGUUCUGGGUGUUGAAGGUGGCGAAGAUUCGAGCUAGGGUUUCCACGGAGAUGCAAAUUAAGAUGUUUGGGGAGCAGAGGAGGGUUGAUUUUGUGUGCAAAGGCGUGUGGGCGAUGAAGUUUUUCAGGGAUGGUGACUAUCGGAGUUUUGUGACUCGGUUUCAGGAUUGCUUGUUUGAGAAUGUGUAUGGGGUGAAGGCGACGGAGGAGAAUAAAGUAAAGGUUUAUGGAAAAGACUUUAUCGGGUGGUUGAAGCCGGAGGUGGCUGACGAUUCCAUGUGGGAGGAUGCCGAGGAGGGGCUGGAAAAGCCUCAGGCGAGAUCGACCCAUGAUUUGAUGGAGGAGUUUGAGGAGGCAGCCACAAAUGGAGGAAUCCAGAGCUUGGCGUUGGGGGCAUUGGAUAAUAGUUUCUUGGUGGGUGAUUCAGGUGUUCAGGUUGUUAAGAAUUUUAGCCAUGGGAUUCAUGGAAAGGGGGUUCAUGUCAAAUUUGAUAGUGGGGGGUAUAAGGGAGGUGAAACCCCAAAGAAGGGGCUUUUGAUGAAGGCAGAGACAAACAUGCUUCUUAUGAGCCCAUUGAAGGAUGGGAAGCCUCAUGCAACAGGGCUUCACCAGCUUGAUAUUGAGACGGGGAAGAUUGUGACCGAAUGGAAGUUUGAGAAGGAUGGGACAGAUAUUACCAUGAGGGAUGUUACAAAUGAUGCUAAGGGUUCACAAUUGGAUCCUUCGCAAUCGACCUUUUUGGGAUUGGAUGAUAAUAGAUUGUGCCAAUGGGAUAUGCGGGAGAAGAGAGGGAUGGUGCAGAAUAUCGCCACUGCUAGUUCACCUGUAUUGCAUUGGACACAAGGGCAUCAAUUCUCUAGAGGGACAAAUUUUCAGUGCUUUGCUACUACUGGAGAUGGUUCAAUUGUUGUUGGGUCACUGGAUGGGAAGAUAAGGUUGUAUUCGAGGACCUCUAUGAGACAGGCUAAGACUGCAUUCCCGGGGCUUGGCUCACCUAUUACUCAUGUUGAUGUUACAUAUGAUGGGAAAUGGAUAUUGGGUACAGCAGACACUUUUUUGAUCCUGAUCUGCACUUCGUUCACUGACAAGGAUGGGAAGAUAAAGACUGGAUUCAGUGGUCGUAUGGGAAAUAAGAUCCCAGCUCCCAGACUGUUGAAGCUGACUCCUGUUGAUUCACAUAUGGCUGGGGUGGAUAAUAAAUUUCACGGUGGCCAAUUUUCAUGGGUGACUGAGAAUGGGAAACAAGAGCGGCAUCUAGUUGCAACAGUGGGCAAGUUCAGCGUGAUAUGGAACUUCCAGCAGGUGAAAAACAGUAGUCAUGAGUGCUACCAGAAUCAGCAAGGGCUCAAGAGCUGUUAUUGUUACAAGAUUGUGUUGAAGGAUGAAUCCAUUGUCGAGAGUCGAUUCAUGCACGACAAGUUUGCAGUUAGUGACUCACCAGAAGCUCCACUGGUGGUGGACCCAUUGAAAGUCAGCUCUUUCAGCAUUUCUAAUAAGCGGUGACAUCUCUAAACUGUCUUUCUUUAGGUGGUGUUGCCGUCUUGAAGGGAGUAUGAAGAAUGGAUCCUACUGCCAUGGGGUCCUUUCUUUAUUUGUAUUUGAUUUUCUUUUUCUUUUUUUUUUCUUUUUUUUGGGUGGGGGGGUUGGUUUGAAAUUGGCUUCUGCUUGUAUCUACUUUGGACACGGAGAACAUGUUUUUCAUGGUGUAAAGGUUUCCCUUCUAUGAUAAGUUUGCGUAGCUGCAAAAAGUGUCACA